AUGAAGAACAGUGAAGCUAGACCUGUUGGAACAGCACCAUUAUCGGAGGAUAAUGAGGUUGAAAGGAAAGAUCCCAACGAGUGCAAUUAUGUCCAAAAUGACAAGAGAUCACACGACAAAGGCCGAGGUGGAUACAAGGGGCAUGGCCGUGACAAUUACUCGAACAGCCGAGACAACUACUCGACCGACCGGAAAGGAAACCACAAUAAUCGUGGUUCCAAUUAUGGCUGUGGUCGAGAAAGUCUUAAGAACAAAAACCCUGAGGCUCACAUGGUUCACGAUUCCGGAUAUGAGGCCGAUAAUGAUUCCGACAUUGCUAAAAAUGACCAUAUGGACUUUGAGACUUCUGAUUGUCUCAAGAACUAA